AUGUGAUUGAAAAGCUUCGUUUUUCGCCUAAACAGGAACUUUUCACAAAAAUAUUAUAUCAGGCCGAAGACAAUUCUAGACUGGUCAAAUAUAAAUUCACCUCAAGAUGCUAUCAAGCUCGCAAAGGCAAAAAAUGCUCCAGUAUCACAGAUAGCACAAAGUCUUCGCGUAAUUUCUGAUAAAGUGAAGUGGGAUAAUUUGUCAGCAGAAGAUAAAAAGGAAUUCACAAGCUUAUCAGAAAAAAUACAAGAUUCUAUUGCAAAUUUAACUCCUCAAGGAGUUGUUGAUUAUUGCUAUUGACUAAACCGCACAAAUGCAGCUCUACCUAUGGAAAGCAUUAUGCGUUUAGACACAAAAGUUACUGAGUUUGUUUUAGAGGACGCUUUAAGUCUUGAGCAAGUUUGCUAUCUUUAUAAUUCUCUUCACUCGCACGGCUAUUACAUCUAUGAAUUAGAAGAAUAUGUCACAAAAAUCAUUGAAGAUUUUAGCACAAAACUAAAUCCAAAAGAAAUUUCUCUUCUCAUUAAGGGAUUGAAAUAUAGGAUUUGCCCUAGGAUGGCGCUAUAUGGCGCCAUCCUAGGGCAAGCGAAAAUUGGCUCCACACGGGAACCGUAUUCCACGUGUGGAGCCAUUUUUCCACGUAUGGAAUCCACAUUUUUCCACGUGUGGAAUCCACAUUUUCCCACGUGGAAAAAUGGCUCCACACGUGGAACACAAUUCCCGUGUGGAGCCGUGUCUCCAAUUGCCCGAGGAUGGCGCAAUAUAGCGCCAUCCUCGGGCAAUUUCUAUAUAAAAUGACAGAAAAAUCAAAAAAUCUUAUUGAUAUUUGCAAUAAGAGAUUGGAAAAUCUCGAUCUCGAAGAUUUUGACGAUGAAAGUUUAGUAAAUUUUGUAAGCUCACUUGAGAUAUCCAUCGAAAAAUCCAAAGCUGAUAAGCUGAAACAGCAACUAGAGUUGACCAAUUUUAGCCCUAUACAAAUAUUUCAAAUAGCGAAGAAGCUAGUUCCUCUCAAGGUAAUAGGAAGCGGCCAAGUAAUUAAUAUGACAAAUCUUUUGUCGCUCAAAAAAUUUAUGAAAAUUACAAUCAAAGAUCUAGAAAGCCUAGCCCCUAAUCAAUUGUUCGAUAUAUUGUAUAGCAUUUCUUCCACAGAUUACCCACAAAGCAUUCAAAGCUUAUUUGAUGAAAUUUUAGAAAUGCUUGAUAAAAAUUUUUCAAAAGAAGGCUAUGUUGUCAGGUUUCUUAAAGGCAAUGAAAUAAAUCUGUAUCCUACAUUAAUGAAGCACUUUAAAUCAAUACAAGGAAAAAUUUACGAGUAUCUAGAAAGGCCGAAAGCCAAAGAAGGUGGGAUAAAUAGAGUUAUAUGGUCCAUGAUAUUUUAUGAUGCUGAUCCUAAAGUUUGGAAUAAUUUUUUCAAUAAAUAUUUAAGUGAUUUUACCCCGAGUGAAAUUGAAAAUGCAAUAAAAUGCUGCAGAUGCCCGUUCAAACCCUUAAGUAUUUUAUGCUAUUGUAAAGAGAAUAUUAUUUUUAAGCUAAAUAUAUAAUAACCAAUUUUUAGGAUUUCAUCUUAUUUUAAAAUAGUAUAUUAUCAAAUCUUGAGAAUUUAAACCCAAAGCUUGUUGAAUAUUAUGCAAUUUACCUAGCCCAAGCUGAUUUCACAAUAAAUGACUUGAAUGAUUAUUUAUCAAUCCUAAACAGGCUUGAUCCUGCAGAGUUUUCAAAGUCCCCAGAAUCUUAUUUACCAUUUCAAAUCUUUUGAAUGAUUCUUGAAAAAUCAAAUUUAUCAUUAAUUUCUGAUUUAUUAACUAGAGUCGGCAGCUCUUUGGAAAAGCUCUCAAAUGCGGCUCUUCUUUCUGAAAGCUCUCAAAAGGUUGGCAUAUUGCUAGCUCAUGCUAAUUGCAUAACACCUUCGCUUGCUGAUAGAUUUGCUACGAUUCUUAACCCAAAUGAUUUUUCUGUCAUGAGAGCUCCUUUGAUAAUUGGUUUACGGACAUCAAAAUUUUUUGACAAAGAAAGCUAUUUAACCAAAAUUUUUGAGAGAGACAUACCAUUUAAUUCAUUUGCAACAACUUUAGAAAAGUAUUGGCAAUGGCCUGAAGAUUAUGAUAGCAUUGCGAUAAAUGCAGCUUUGGAAAGGAUAUCGAAGAUACAAAUUACUGAUAUUUACUUAUUGAUAUCUAUGAUUACUCAUUUAUCAAAGCUUGAUAUGCCCAUUUGGGGUAACUCCCAAUUCCCAAAAAUAAUUUUAAAAUGUUUAUUGAUUUACCUUUUAUUGGUAUAAUACGAAGCACCAGCAAUUGUUAAGCUCUAUUUAUGCAGCUUCAGAAAAGCCAAUAGAAAAAUACCUUUCCAAGCUAAGAAUGAAUGAUAUGAUUAAUUUUGCAAAUCUAUCUAAAAUCCCAUCAUGCUAUGACAUCCUCCCUUUAAUCAGAAAAAAUCUUGAAAACUGCCCACUUUAUACCACGAAAUACAGAGAUGCUUUUAUAAGCAAGUUGGCCGAAACUGGGAUUUCUGACGAAAAAAUAAUGAUGACUUUUUGCAAUAAAAAACAAAAAAUCUCUGAAAGAUACACAUAUGAAGUCGUAACUUCAAUGGCGGAUUUAAGGUUUGAAACUGAAAAAUGGGCACAAGAGUAUGCUGAACAAAUGAUUGAUAUUGUGGAGAAGGAACUUAUAGCUUUUGAUGAUGAAUAUAGGACAAUUAACUGAAUUUAUGCGUUAAUAAGGCUAAAAAAGCCAUUAGAAUCGAUGCUAAGAUUUGCUGAAAACUAUGGAGUUUUGAAAACAAAUGAUAUUUUCUUCAAAAAAAUUUUACUAGCUAGUUACUAUAAUAAAGAUAAAAUAUUCAAACUGUCUAAUGCAAGCAAUGAGUUUGAUUAUUUCGAACAUUUUGGGUUACAAAGACCGCUUAUGGAUUUUUAUAAAUCUCUAUUAGAGAAGCAUAAAAUCAAAUAUAGAGAAUCUGAGUUUGUAAACAAUGUUUGGGUGCCCUUCUACAUUCCCAGUUCAGAAAUAGCAAUUUGGCCAGUUUCAAAAUCUGUCACAUUAUAUAGAGAUAAAAAGCUGAAAGGAGAAUUCGAGAUGCAUAAAGAAAAUAUAAGAAAGGUAAAUAUUAAGCCAAUUUUAGUGCCCCAGAGCUUCAAUUCUACUUUAGAUCGACAAAAUAUUAUAGGAUAUUUAGAACAAAACGGUCUUAAUAUUAUUAAAGGUAGUUAA